AUGAAGGAAGACGAUAUUGUUAUCAGUGGCUUCUCAGCCUACUUCCCGCAAGCUGACCAUCUCGUCGAGUUCAAGGAGAAGCUGUACGCUGGUGUUGAUUUCGUCACAGAAGAUGACGCUCGGUGGCCUCGAGGAUUUCUCGGCUUGCCUCAUCGAAAGGGCACGAUUCGUGACCUGUCACGCUUCGACGCGCAGUUCUUUGGCGUCAACCCAAAACAGGCGCACAUGAUGGACCCCCAGAUGCGGCUGCUGCUAGAAACAUCGUACGAGGCCAUCAUUGACGCUGGCUACGACCCUGCGACGUUGCGGGGUCGCAAAGUGGGAGUCUUCAUCGCCUGUUCCCAUUCCGAAUCCGAGAGUGCCAUUCGCGGCGACGCAGAGACGGACGACAGCUACAUUUUACUGGGCAACAAUCGGGCGAUGUUCGCAAACCGCAUCUCAUACUCCUUCGACUUCAACGGACCAAGCGUCGCCAUCGAGACGGCAUGCUCAUCGACACUCGUGGCCCUGAAUGAUGCCAUGUUGGCACUCCGCACGGGACAGUGCGAGGCAGCCCUUGUUGGCGGGACUUUGCUCACGCUCAACCCUGUGAAAUCACUCGCCUACUUCCACCUCGGCAUGGUUGCACCAGACGGGAAGUGCAAGUCAUUCGACUCUAGACGCAACGGAUACGCACGGAGCGAAACCGUGGGUGUGUUCUUCAUACAACGUGCACGUGAAGCUCGUCGCAUGUAUGCUACGUUGGUCAACGUGAAGAGCAAUGCGGACGGCUACAAAAAAGAAGGAAUCACAGUCCCCUCAGCAGAGCUGCAGGCGAAGCUUCUGCGUGAAGUGUACGCUGAAGCCAACAUCGAUCCAACGCAAGUGCACUACUUGGAGGCUCAUGGCACCGGCACAGUAGUAGGCGAUCCUCAGGAGUUGGCAGCCAUAAGCAGUGUCUUCUGUGAUUCGACUCGCGAAAGACCACUCAUGAUCGGAGCCAUUAAGAGCAACGUAGGACACUCUGAAACAGCUUCCGGCAUUUGCUCCAUUGCAAAGGUUAUUUUGACUAUGGAGACUGGCAGCAUCGCGGCUAACCUGCACUUCAACGAGGCAAACCCCGACAUUCCGUCGCUGCUUGACGGCCGCAUCACGGUUGUGCAAAGACCGACGCCGUUUCCGGGAGGCGCCGUCGGCAUCAACUCGUUCGGCUUUGGAGGGGCCAAUGCGCACGCCAUUCUGAAAGCCAACCCGGGUCCUGUGGUGAAGAGUGCCGCGAGAGAUAAGCCGGAGCUGCCGAGGCUCGUUCUCAUGGCUGGAAGAAGCAAAGAGUCGCUUGUGAGGACCAUGGAGCGCAUGGAGGCAGAAGGACCGUAUCCGGAUUCGGCCUACACUCUCCUGAAUUUCGUCGGGCAACCCAGCGUGUCACAAUUUCCAUUCAGGGGAUUUGUGCUCGUCCCCGCUGAUGUAUCUGGAAAGCCAGUCACCAAGACAGCUGAAGAGGCCGCUGUCAAGAAGCGGCCACUUUGGUUCAUUUUCACAGGGUUUGGUUGUCAGUGGAAAGGAAUGGCCCGGCAGAUGAUGAAGUUUGACGUGUUCGCACGUUCUCUAGAGAAGUCGCAUCAAGUUCUCGCCCAGUUCUCGGUGGACUUGAUUUCGAAUGUGACAAGCGAGAACUAUGAAAGUGGGACGAGGCUUGCCGUUUUCACCUCCAUCACAGCAAUUCAGGUAGCGCUGGUUGAUGUUCUCUUCGCUCUGGGACUUCGGCCGGACGGCAUAGUGGGUCACUCGUUGGGUGAGAUCGCUGCUGCUUACGCGGACGGGUCGCUGACGGCGGCCCAGGCUGUGCUGUGUGCUUACUGGAGAGGUCGCUGCCUUGAUCUGACCGACUUGCCUAAGGGAGCCAUGGCGGCCGUAGGCUUAUCUUGGGAAGCGGCCAAACAGCGUUGUUUUGGCGGAGUGAUACCAGCAUGUCACAACGCUGAAGACUCGGUGACGGUGUCUGGACCGCCGCAAGCCGUAAACAAAUUGGUGCAGCAGCUUAAGGAUGAAAAUGUCUUCGUGAAAAAAGUGGAGGGCGUCGACUUGGCCUUUCACAGCGAGCAUAUAAACAGUGCCGGACCCGUAUUGCUUGAAGCGUUGCAAAAGGUGAUUCCGGAGCCAAAGCCUCGCAGCAAGCGCUGGGUGUGCUCAUCUCUUCCGGAGAGUCGUUGGCACGAACCCAUCGCCCAGUUGUCAUCGGCCGAGUACCACGUUAACAACCUUCUCUCCCCCGUUCUUUUCUGCGAGGCGCUAAAGCACGUGCCCGAGGAUGCCGUUGCCAUAGAAAUCGCUCCUCACUGCCUACUACAGGCAAUCUUGCGCCGUGCUCUCAGCAGUGACACCACAAGCCUGGGCCUCAUGAAGCGCAACGUAGACAACCAAGCGUUCUUCCUCAACUCACUGGGCAAACUUCACGUCCAAGGUGUGAAGAUGGACCUGUCGCCGCUUUAUCCGCCGGUGCCACUGCCGGUGCCACGUGGCACACCCAGCAUAGCGCACCUUGUCAGCUGGGAUCACACGCAGUCGUGGACCGUUGCCAAGUGGGAAGACUUCAGUCCAUCGUCACAGCUGUCCCAGGAGAUCGUAGAGUUGGACCUUGGUGACCAUGGACCAGACGCCUACUUGAGUGGCCAUCAAAUUCAAGGGCGGAUAUUGUUUCCUGCGGCUGGCUAUAUAGUCCUUGCAUGGAAGUCUCUGGCAAAGCGUUUGGGGAAGCCUUUCUUCAUGGUUCCUGUGGUUCUAGAAGACCUAAAGUUUAGCCAAGCCAGUAUUCUGCAGAAGGACCGUACCACGCGCCUUCACGUGAACAUCAUGGAGGCGUCGGGUGAUUUUGAGAUCUGUGAGGCAGGCGGAGUGGUGGCAAGCGGCCGCAUAAGAAUGGCCGCAGAUAACGAGAAGAUCAUCGACAUGGAGCCUCCGCGGAUGAUCGCUGCUCACGAUGUAUCCUACGAACUGGAUACCGAAGAUGUCUACAAAGAACUGAAACUUCGUGGCACGGAGUACUAUGGCCCAUUCCGAGGCAUCCUCAAUGCGGACAUAAAAGGAGAGUAUGGCGUGCUGAAAUGGGACAACAACUGGGUUGCGUUCAUCGACACCAUGAUACACAGCACUUCACUUGCGUAUCCCAAGCGUGACCUAAAGCUUCCCGUGAAGAUCACUUCGUGCCGCAUUGACCCACUCGUUCACGUAGAGAUGACAAAGGCAGCGAAUGAAGCAAGCCUAGACUUCGCCUACGACAAACAUCUGCGCAUGUGCCGUUCUGGGGGUAUAAUUUUGCAAGGUAUUGCGACAAACCUUGCUCCACAACGCAUCGCAAAAGAUGCCUUGGUGCUGAACGAGCAUGCAUUUGUGCCAUAUGUGGACAACGAGUCUGUCAGGCAGCGACGACAAGCGUGCCUUCUAGAAUACAUCGACCUGUGCAAUGGACUCGCUCAGCGCAUAGUCGACAGCAAAAACAGCCAGCAGUUGGCAUGCAGUGAUGUGAAUCAACGCACUUCCAAUGUUUCGGAAAGUAUGGGUGACUACCGGGUGAGACAUAACGCCGAGAGUCGGGGGUUGCUGCAAGUCCUUACUGCAAUCCAGGAAGAGGUGAACUGUUCCGCUUCGUCGGUAGCGGAGAUCAUCCAGUCAGCUUUGGUGACCUACGAAGCAGAACUAGAAAACGACGUCGUGAAGACAGCUCUGCUUGAAGAAGACCCAUUGAGACACCUUCUAGAUGUCGUGGUCGAAAACACCAGCCCCACAAAGCUCAAAGUUUGCGAGUGGGUCACCGCAAAAAGAAAUCACAUUCUGUCUACCCAGUUUACUGAACUUCUUGCUAUGGCUAAAACCAAUCUCAAGGUGGGCUACACUGUAGUUUUUUCGUCUGCCAGCGAUUUCAUAGACGUGGACAUUCCAGAAGGUGCUAGUAUAGUUCAUUUGAGUACCUCGGUAGUUCCGAUUAAAAAACUACCAGAAGCCGAUUUGCAUGUUGCUUGCCUGCCCACGUGGACGUCAAGCAAUCUAGAGACCCUGACCGAACAACUUUCGGCACAGUGCAGAAAACAAGAAUUCGUCCUGAUUCUUCUACGCACAGCAGUUACACCGGCAGAGCAAAUAUUAAUGUCGUUGGGUGGUAUUCAGCUCCAAGUGCACAGAAACGAUGCGGUGGAGUCGUUGUUCAACUCUCAUGGAUUCACCGUCGUUGGAGUGAAGUCCAACAAUUUUUCAACACUGUUCCUUCUGAGGUAUACCAAGGGCACUCUGGAAGCAGCGCAGCCGGAGCUCGUUAAAGUGUCCAACGGCAACUUUCAUUGGGUCGAAGAGAUAAAAUCAAAAGCAGCGGAAUGCGACAAGAAGCCACACGGACAUACGCUUUGGUUGCUCGACGAAGACAAUGGUACGAGUGGCGUCAUCGGGUUGGCAAACUGUCUGCGAUGGGAGACUGAAAGAAGGCAUAUUAGGUGUAUUCUCAACGGAGGCUUGAAUGAGUCAAUAAAAAGCGUGGACUUUAUUCCAAGCAAUCCGUUGUUCAAGAAGUUGCUUCAGCAAGACCUAGUGAUGAACGUCUAUCGCGACGGACAAUGGGGAUCUUUCCGUGACACGAGCAACGUUUUUCGUAAGUGUAAUAAGAUCUCCACAGAGCUCGCCUUCAUCAACGUACAGACGAGGGGCGACCUUUCCAGCCUGCAGUGGUACGAGUCUCCGCUACGUUACGCCAGCCGGAGCAGUCUCAGCGGCCGUGUACUGUGCAGCGUGUACUACGCCCCGCUAAACUUCAGAGACGUUAUGAUCGCCACGGGGAAGCUACCUCCAGACGCGCUGCCAUGUACGUGUGCAAACAAUGAGUGCCUCCUGGGUCUGGAGUUUUCAGGACGUGACCCGCAAGGGCGUCGUGUCAUGGGAUUCGUUAAAAGCCAUGCCAUGUCCACAACUGUGUCGGUAGAUCCAGAGUUCCUGUUGGAUGUGCCUGAAUCGUGGAGCCUCGAAGAGGCAUCGACUAUCCCGGUGGUCUACAUGACUGCGUACCUUGCUCUUGUGGUGCGAGGAAACAUACGUCCAGGAGAGUCCCUGCUUGUGCACUCGGGCAGUGGCGGCGUCGGGCAAGCAGCUAUCUCUAUCGCUUUGGCGAUGGGCUGCACCGUCUUCACUACCGUCGGUUCUCAAGAGAAGCGCGACUUUCUGAAGCGGCGUUUCCCCCAGCUCCAAGACAGAAAUAUUGCCAACUCACGAGACCUUUCCUUUGAACACCACGUCUUACGGGAAACUGAUGGCAGAGGUGUGGACCUCGUGCUCAACUCCUUGGCCGACGCGAUGCUGAAGGCCAGUGUACGCUGCCUGGCCGAACAUGGACGUUUCCUCGAGAUUGGAAAGUUUGACUUAUCCAAGGACUCUCCACUGGGAAUGUCUGUGUUCUUGAAGAGUGUCACAUUCCACGGAAUAACAUUGGAGUCCCUUCAUGGUGACAGUCCGUUUGUGGCGGAAAAGAGACGCCGUGUUAUGGAACUCAUCCGCGAGGGCAUAGUGUCUGGCGUUGUGCGACCGUUGAAUGCUGAGCGAUUCACGAGCGAACAGGUCGAGGAAGCUUUCCGCUACAUGGCAUCCGGAAAGCACGUGGGAAAGGUCGUGCUCGAGGUGCGACCUGAAGAAACGCAGCCAACGGCAGCACCUCCCAAGCCACUGAGCGUGAGAGCCGUGGUACGAACCAGGUUUUACGAAGAUAAGACGUACGUUAUCGUUGGCGGCCUGGGUGGCUUUGGCUUGGAGCUCGCGGAGUGGAUGGUGAACCGUGGAUGUAGGAAACUUGUUUUGACGACGCGUUCUGGUGUGCGCACUGGCUACCAAAAAUAUUGCCUCCAUCGAUGGAAAGAAGCUGGAGCAAACGUUCUUGUAGUCACAAAGGAUGCUUCCACGCUGAAUGGAUCGCUGCAGAUCAUCCAAGAAGCUACGGCUAUUGGUCCUGUUGGUGGCAUAUUCAACCUAGGCGUGGCACUUCACGACGCACUUCUCGAGAACCAGACAGCGACGACAUUCGAAGCUGUGUGCAAAAUCAAGAUUGACGGCACCCGGCACUUGGACGAGCUGUCGCGAGAGUUGUGCCCAGACCUAGACCACUUCGUCGUCUUCUCGUCCAUAACUUCCUCUCGGGGCAACUUGGGCCAGAGCAACUACGGCUUUGCUAACUCCGCCAUGGAACGUAUCUGCGAGAACCGCACUGCAGCUGGUCUACCUGGGCUGGCUAUCCAGUGGGGUCCUGUUGACGAUGUCGGCAUGUUUCUGGGGACCCAUUUUUCGGAUGUCGAGGCAUCCGGUCUUGUGCCACAGCGGAUCGCUUCCUGUAUCUCGGUUAUGGACCAACUUUUGAGCCAAACGAGAACUGUUGUUUCCAGCUACGUGAAGCCUGACCAGUCGACCAAAGAGGACAGCGAAAAGCGCGAUGUGACACAUUCUAUUGCUCGCAUUCUAGGCAUCAAGGACCCAUUAAGCCUGAAAUCAGACAUUACCUUAGGCGAUUAUGGCAUGGACUCGCUUAUGGCUGUCGAGGUGAAGCAGACGCUGGAGAGAGACUUUGACCUUGCGCUGUCCAUGCAGCAGAUCCGUCAGCUCACGCUCGAAGAGGUGCGUGCCAUCGGACAUGCCGGCAGUAUGACGAACGCUGCCUCCACAAAAAGAAAGGCAAUCAAUGAUGAACAAGCUCUCGCCGACUCUUUGAAAUCACCACACCUCAGGGAGUUUGAAAAAAUGACAAGCGAAAACAUCCUCCUGGAAAUGAAUGGCCUCGAAGGAUCCAGUCCACUUUUUAUCGUGCAUCCCUACGAAGGUCACGUGGGUGCGUUAAUGCAGCUUGCAGGAUGCCUUCCUGUGCGCGCCGUUGGAGUGCAGAGAACGACCGACGUGCCUUUGGGAUCCAUCACAGAAAUGGCGGCGACUUAUUUGAAGGCUGUACUACAAGCGCAGCCACACGGUCCUUAUCACAUGGUGGGAUACUCCUACGGCUGCGCAGUGGCCUUUGAGAUGGCUCUGCACCUGCAGGCUGCCGGAGCUACCGUAGGGAGCCUGAUUUUUCUCGACGGUGCACCGCAAUACGUGCGCACGAUUGCUGGUUACCGUCGUGACCUACUGGAGGAAGGAAUGGACGAGCAAGAGACAAACAUCCUAUGUUCCUACCUGAUGCGAUACAUUGCCUCCGACUUUUCCGAGGUUCGUAACACAACUAUCAUGAGUAGGAAUGUUGGCGCGAAUAGCUAG